AUUUUCAUCAUUAUAACACUGUUCUAUUGCUUAUGUGUGGAAUAUCGGAUCAAAGAGAACAUCUUUUUAAGAUUUUAGAAAACAUUACAGCUGUGUUAUCAAGCCUUUGACAUUUAGAUUUAUUGCAAAAUCAAAACAAAAAUAAUCUUGUUCUCGUUACAUGGGCUUGACGAGGAUCGUCACCUCCACAUAUAAAUCUGGCUAAAACAUUGUACAGAAGUUUGAUAGCCUAGUAGGAUUUUCCACCAAUAUCCCCACAGGGUGCUAUCGUUGAUUUGUGUUGUUUUUGCACUAGUGGCUUUACCUUCUUAAGUCUACCAGGACUCAUGUCUACCAAUUGGGCAGCGACAUGUUCCUUAAUAUAAAACACAACGGACAAUACAUUGCAAUACAACCAUGAAAUUCGCAAGGACAAGGACAGGAUUCAUGAAAGGGUUAGAAUGAGAUAUAAAUAGGAGAGAAAAAAGGAAACAGGAAACAUAAAUAAAUAAAAUAACGAAAAAUUAAAAAAAAAAAUAUAUAGAAAUAGUAUAAUCGAAAGAAAAAGAUGUCGUCUAGUCUAGGUUUUUAUAUAAAACCCAAAGUUCUACAUUCUCCUACCUUCGAGGAAGACGAUCUAUUUGAUGACGAUGAGGAUGACCAAGAUUUCGAGAAUGGUGACUUUUUGCAGGAUGUUCCAUACACCUCGAGUAGCAUCGAUCGAAGUAGCAUUGGCUCCAUUCCAUGGGCAGACGAUUCCAUUAAACAAAAUCAAAUUGAAUGGGAGAGGGUGGAAAAAAUGCUAGCAGGUCUGGAAAGUUUACCAAAUGAGCCGGAACUCAACAAAGAAAUUUUAGAUUGGCAAAAAAAAUUUCCCAAAUUAAUGACCAAUAAGGCGACACCAAGAAAAAUUAAAACAAUAAGUUCAGAAAGAUUAGAGUUGGACUCACUUAAUCUUAGUUCCGACGAAGCGGAUUUAGAAACCGAGGAAAAUUUAACACUGACAAGAGAACGAACGUCCAAGAUAGUGGAAGACGUCUUGGUAACGCCAACACCCCCCAUUAGAAAGUCCUCGGAGGAAGAUAGCAACAAUCUUUCAAAUCUACUACAGAAUUUUACUCUUACAUCAGUGCCUUUAAAACUCAGCGAGAGAGAUAAAACUCAAAAAAAUACAAAUAAACGAAAAAGUGCCAGUUCAUCAUCGACAUAUUCAUUGCAGUCACCACCAGCGCCAGUAAAUGUUCCUAUUGUCCAGCCAAGCACACAGCAACGUUUGCGUAUGCCUCCUAUUCUAAAUGUCAUUGAAUCGACAAGAAAAUUUCGCAGCUUUGGAAGGCCCAGUUUUGUGCAAUUAACGCAGGUACAGCCACAAGCCAAAUCGGCCAUUGUAAGUCACGAUCAAAAGUCAAGAAGCAGAUUUCUCAAUGGACACAGAUCUGCCUGGCAUGUACCAUUGGCUGCCAAUCGAUUUUUUAAUAAUCGCAAUUCAAUUAUAUUGCCAGCUAUUUCACCACGGCAACAAGUAAUGCAUCACUACAACUUGCAACCAACAUCGAUUUCCAGUUCAAGCGAGGCAACACCACUUAGUUCAGCAAGACAGCAGUUUACACGACCAAAUAACAAUAGCUUUAAAUCGCAUCAAAGGAUGCCAGUUAAAAGGGGAGACAUGCAUUUGCAUGGACUGUCAACUACUUCGACGCAGACCAAUAACACAUCCAAUUCCUCGGGGAGGUCGAUCUCAGCAGCAGUACAAUAUCACCCUAGAACUACAUUUAAUGCCUUGUAUUUACCUUAUAGUGCCUUUAAGUUUAAUGCUUUUAAGUGAGAAUUUGUAAAUUAAUAUUUAUAAAUAUAUAUUUGGUUCGAAA